AUGGAAACUGUAUCACUCAAUCCUCUCUUCAUCUUCUUUCUUUUCUUCGGCCUUUUCUAUUCCUCUGUUUCUAUUAAUCCUUCAGAUUUAGCAUUCAAGUCCACCUACAGCCGUCUCUGCAGUCACCUUGUCCCUGAACCGGCGGUGCAUUCGGACGCCGGAAGCGUCCCCGGCGUUGCCGACGAUCUCCGGUUCCAAUCCGGAUAUUUCUCCGGCGGCGAUCGUAUCUUUAACCGAUCCACCGCUUCGAUGCACGCGUCGUUCCGCGUGAGCUCCGUUCGCCGAAGCGGGAGCGACGGCGUUUUCGAAUUGCACGGGCAAAUGCUUCUCCAGCAGCGUAGAGGAGCGACGCCGGCGUCGGGAAGGAUGCUCCGGCGAGUUUUUUCGUCCGGGAAAGUGACGCAUUGGAUGCGCGUUUCCCUGAGUGGAUUUUGGUCUCAAUUUUCCGGUAACCUUUGUAUGUUCGGAACAGGAUCUCAUGCUAACCUGCGGAAUGCUAAUGUUGUUCUUAAGCUACGUUACCCUAGAGAUUUGAGCCUUUUGAAUUGUUUGAUUCGUGGAACACUAGAAAGUUUUGAUGACAAGAAUAUUUCGCAGUACUUUGAGCCUAUUUCGAUAUUGGCUUUGUCUCAGAGUUCGAAAUUCAAGUUUACAGUGGCUGGGAAUGAAAGAGAGAAAGUUUGUGGAGGUGGAGGUGGAUCAGAUAGGGAGGGUUUGUCCCUUAGAAACCUAAACCGGGGUGCUUGCACUGCUUUUCUUGGACACACGAAUAGGUUUGAAUUGGAAUAUGGGAGUCAAUGUAGUAAUGUUACUUGCAAUCCUGUCAGUGGUGAUGGUGAAGAGCUGCCUGGUUAUAUGUUUUUUCACGGCACUCUUUGUGCGGAGAGGGAGAAGGUUCAGAUGCUGUUGGGGUUUUCUGAUUCCGGCUACCGGGAUGCUAUAUUUCCGUUUCAUCCGAAUACCACUUUGGUUUCUGAGGGGAAGUGGGAUGAGAAGGAGAAUCAGCUAUGUGCGGUUGCUUGCCGGAUCUUGAACUUCACAGAAUCUUGGCUUAGUCCUUAUGUUGGAGAUUGCAACAUUAGGCUCACUUUAAGGUUUCCUGCAAUUUUAUCUUUGAGGAACAGAAGUACAGUUUUGGGGCAAAUUUGGAGUGACAAAGCGGUUGAUGAACCUGGCUACUUCAAUAAAGUUGGAUUUCAGGGUUUAUCGAGGGUAUCAAAAAACCUCCAUGGUUUCCAAUACAAGUAUACUGAAACUGAGAAGGUGAGAAAAUCUUGUGUGCAGAUGAUGAAUGCUGGAGGGAAGGUAAAUACAUAUCCGAGUGGAUAUUCAUCUGAUAUGGCAUUUAGCAUGUUACUGACGAACAGCAAAGGGCAAGUGGCUCAUGGUUACACAUCACCACUAUCUGUAAAUGAUCAAAUUUAUAAUGGACAGUCGUAUGGGGCUCCAAUUGUGUUGACAGCUGAAAAUUCAAAAGCACAUGGGGUUCAAUCAGAAAAUUACAAUAAUUUGUUGAAUAUCAGCUAUACGAUGAGUUUUAAACCCCCUCCUGAUUUCAAGUUUGGUGGAGGUGUCUUGUCAACCGAAGUCAAAAUUGGUGCUGAAGGGAUUUACAAUAAGAAUACUGGAGUUCUUUGUAUGAUAGGAUGUAGGCGUUUGAGAUCAACGGAAAAAGUACUGAUAAAGAAUGAGUCUCUGGACUGUGAAAUCAUGGUUAAUGUUCAGUUUCCUCCUUUGAACUCAAAAGGAGGUGAAGCUCUCAAAGGAACUAUAGAAAGCACACGACAAAAGUCAGAGCCUUAUUAUUUUGAUCCACUUCAGUUAUCUUCGUAUUUCAUUUACACAACCCAAGCAGAUGCUUCCAUUUGGAGAAUGGAUUUUGAGUUAAUUAUGGUGUUGAUAUCGGACACACUUGCUUGUGUUUGUGUAGGAUUGCAACUCCUCCACGUGAAAAAACACCCAGAUGUGCUUCCUUACAUUUCUGUUGUGAUGCUUGCUGUUAUUACUCUAGGUCACCUGAUUCCCCUGAUAUUGAAUUUUGAAGCUUUAUUGACGGGGAAACGUAGCGUGCAGAAUACUUUUCUGGGGACUGGAGGCUGGCUUGAAGUGAAUGAGGUAUUUGUGAGGAUAGUGACAAUGGUAGCCUUUCUUCUAGAGUUGCGCCUCAUACAAUUGACCUGGUCCUCAAGACAGGGUGAGGGAAGCCAUCGAGGUCUAUGGGGUUCUGAUAAAAUGGUCCUUUAUAUGAUUCUACCGUUGUACAUUGGUGGUGGAUUGACUGCUUGGUCGGUGCACAUAUGGAAGACUUCUUACCAGAAAAAAUUUAAACCAUUUCGGCUUUCUCGGCACAAGUUUAAGCUUCCUCGUGGGUUCGUAUACCGACCUCCUUCCCUCUGGGAAGCCUUCAAAUCUUACGCUGGUCUGCUCCUUGAUGUUUUUCUGCUCCCACAGAUUCUGUUUAACAUAAUUUUUAACUCAGAAGAGAAAGCUCUGGCCUCUUCCUUUUACGUUGGGACAACAAUUGUUCGUACACUGCCCCAUGUAUAUGAUCUUUUUAGAGCUCACAUUUCUGCAUGGUACCUUGAUUUGUCAUACAUAUAUGCAAACCAUAGAAUGGAUUUUUAUUCCACAGCCUGGGACAUUAUAAUCCCUAGUGGUGCUAUUUUAUUUGCUCUUCUUGUAUACUUCCAGCAGAAAUUUGGCAGUCGGUGCAUUCUUCCAAAGAGGUUCAGAGAAAGUUCUGCCUAUGAGAAAGUACCUGUUAUUGGCAAUGAGGAUUUAUGA